CGUAGACGUGACAAGGAGAACGGACCGUCUGGGUAAACAACAAGCUCGCGAUCAAAACAAAUCCGCAACAUCAAAUCAGCGCGACGACCCUAAAGAACAAAAAGAAUAAGAAGAACAAGAUAUUUUUGCAGUAUCUCAGGUUGCCGCGACGAUGUUCGGUAAACUCAUUUCUCAGCUGUUCGGCGGCGGCGGCGCCGAGGACGAAUGCGAGGAGGGCGGAGACGCCGCGGAGCGAGCGCUGGAGUGGGAAGACGGCGGCUGGGUCGUCGUCAGUCUGCCAGGCGCCGGGCCCCUCCUGACCCAAGAGGGGGCGGACCCCCCGGAGGAUCCUCUGACCCCGCGUCCCGACGCCGCCGUCUACCGGGCGAGACGCCGGAUGAGCGGAGGAGCCGACGAGGAGGAUGAAGGUUCUGAUGAAGAUGAGCAAAACGCUUCUUCCAGGCCUGUCACGUCGUCGUCUCCUCGGGCGGCGCCGCGGCGUCGCCUGUCGUGGCGGCUGGCGGCGUGGGGGGUCCUGCUGCCCGCCGACGGCCUCCCGACGCCGACGGCCGAGCGCAAGAAGCUGAGCCGCGGCGCCCUGCUCAGGCAAAACCUGACGGCGAAGACUCGGCGCUCGCCGCCGGCCGAACGCCGCGUCAAGCAGCCCAACCGACGGCAGUACAACUACUGAACGGGGGCCGCACGUGACGAGGACGCCGACGAGGACCGGGACCGGGGGGGUCCGCAACUUGUUUUGGACACUUUGUCAAAUGUAGAGAAA